AUGAAUUGUAGUUCUGAUAUUCAAUCAUGCAUAAAUGUUUCUUUUAUCUGUACAAUGUUUGCAACUUAUGGGCAGAAGAGGAUUGCCAGUCAUCUCUUUUUGUCAUUGCCAGAAGCUUAUGUUAUAAUCGAUUGUUUUAUGAAGAUGGUGCGCAAAUUGAAACUUCAUGAGAAAAAACUUCUAAAGAAGACGGAUUUUAUCCAGUGGGAAGUGGACCAGCAAGGUAAACAGUCCGAGCAAAUGAGGAAAUAUCACAUCACCAAACGCGAGCACUACUCUUUGUAUAAUAGACUGGCAGCUGAGGUGCGAAGCAUUGCUGAGAAACUCAAAGAACUUCCUCAAAACGAACCUUUCAGAGUGCGGUCGACUCGUGAAAUGCUUAGCAAAUUGUACGCAGUUGGAGUGAUUCCCACUGCUGAUACGGCGGAGCGUUUGUAUAAGGUCAGUGCUGCUUCUUUUGCUCGACGACGUCUACCUGUUGUCAUGAAAAACAUUGGCAUGGUGGACAGUAUCAGAGGAGCAAGCGAUUUUGUGGAACAAGGACAUGUGCGAAUAGGGCCGAAGCUUGUAACAGAUCCUGCUUUUGUGGUGACCAGAGCUCAAGAAGAUGCGAUAACAUGGACGAACGCUAGUAAAAUUAAGCAACACGUGCUGGACUACAACAAUGCUCGUGAUGAUUUUGAUCUCGCAUAAUUUUGGAUGUCUUUGUACCUGACGAUUACCCAACGGUUAUUGUUUCCAUUGUUUGUUGUUGUUGUUACGUGAUCAAGCAUUUGAUAUAAAAGUAGAAAAAUGCAGUUUCUUUUCCUGUCUGUUUCGUGGAUAGUGGCAGAAAAACAUUUAGGAUGUGAUUCACAGAUAUGAAUGCUCAGAAAGAAGA